UCUCGGUUAUUUUCGCUGUUGCUGGCUUUUUCAGGGGCUGCUCGCUCGCAGCCAGAGACGCUUCUUUUUUUUCCGGGUUCGGAGUCGUUCCGGAUGCUUUAGGCUGCCGGAUGUCUGAUCUCCGGAUAACCGAGGCGUUUCUGUACAUGGAUUAUCUGUGUUUUAGAGCACUUUGCUGCAAGGGACCACCACCUGCACGCCCAGAAUAUGACCUGGUUUGCAUAGGCCUCACAGGUUCUGGCAAGACAAGUCUAUUGUCAAAGCUCUGCAGUGAAAGCCCUGAGGAAGUUGUGUCAACCACAGGUUUUAAUAUAAAAGCAGUGCCAUUCCAGAAUGCCAUCUUGAAUGUAAAAGAACUUGGAGGGGCUGAUAAUAUCCGGAAAUACUGGAGCCGCUACUACCAAGGAUCUCAAGGGGUAAUAUUUGUAUUAGACAGUGCCUCUUCAGAAGAUGAUUUAGAAACUGCUAGAAAUGAACUGCACUCAGCUCUUCAGCAUCCACAGUUAUGCACUUUACCCUUUUUAAUACUGGCCAAUCAUCAAGACAAGCCAGCAGCUCGCUCAGUACAAGAGAUCAAAAAAUAUUUUGAACUUGAACCACUCGCACGUGGAAAACGUUGGAUCCUGCAGCCCUGCUCGCUGGAUAACAUGGAUGCACUGAAAGACAGCUUCUCUCAGCUGAUAAAUUUGUUAGAAGAAAAAGACCAUGACGCUGUAAGAAUGUGAAAUCUGGCAAAGAAAAUGGGCUCCCAAAAGGCCUUGAACCUGUCAUGUUUCUCAUUUUAAUUUUAUUUUGGUAUCAAGACUAUAAUGGCUUCAUUAUCUAUUUUUCUCUAGUUAUUUCAGACUCUCAUCUCUCUAGUAAAGUGAAUAUUCUGUAAAUCAAGUGAAUUAUCAUCGGCAUUAACGUCAAGUACACACUACUGAGAGAGAAUUUAUUCUCUGUUUACCACUAAUUAUCUUCACCGCAUGUCUCUUCCUUAUGUUGUUCUAAGCAUCUCUUCUAUACUCUGUGCUAAAACGGAUGGAAUUCAUGGCUCAUGGAAAUCAAAUCCCUUAUGAAGGACUCGGUAAAGCUCACAAGACCUUGACUAAUUUUCCCUGGGUUUGGGAGUGGAGUAUUGUGUGACUGAGACUCCACAUAAUAUGUAUAUCAUUUUCAAUAUCUCUUGGGGUUUUUGUUUUGUUUUAUUUCAUCUUAUUUUUGGUUUUUUUGUCUUUUGUAUACUGACCUUACAGACAAUGAGAGAAAAAUGAGCACCAAAAACUUCAGUUAAUCACCUUAUCAGGAAGGAAUAUCCUGCCAUAGCAAAAUUGGCUUUGGAGAACUUAAAGACAACAUAAUGUUUCCUUGAUUACAUCUGAAGUCUCUCUCCCCUCUUUUAAGAGCAAAGACAUUGUUUUAGUUUUUGAGAGGAGUUAGAGGAAAUUUAGGCACCAUGUAUACAUCACUGAUUACAUUUGAUCAAGUCCUCAAAUAUUUUUUAAUGGAAAGAUUAGCCUAUAUAAAGUCAAGCUGCAAUGUAAUAUAGGUAUCUUUUUCUAAAAAUUGGAAGUGUUUAAUUAAAAUAGAGACAAUCAUUUUUAAAAUAGCAGAAAAAAUUUUAAAAACAGCAAAAAGAAGUAUAGUUUAUACUGGUUAGAGUUUAAGCUGGCAUGGAUCUAACAGAGAUAUCAAAGACAGAAUCAUCUGUAUAUUCAGUCAUUAAGUGCUAAUGUAGUUUAAUGGAGUCUGUUAAGCUUUCCUCUCUCUAGUAGCUAAAGGCCUAUCAGUAUUUCUAUUAUAAACCUCUAUUUUCAGGGGUUUCAGUCUGCCCUUAAAAGUGUGCUGGGGCUGCAGCAAAUAAACAAUUUUAGGGCUCAGAGUCAAUCUUUGGAAUGAUUUUUUUCAUUUAAUUUAAAUGAUAAUAUUAUGUGGAGAUAAAUGUACAGUUUUACUAAGGCUUAGCACCUUUGAUCUUUUCUAAAUCAGGAAAAAUCUAUGGAUUUUGACGUUCAUAGAUGAAAUAUUCUUUGUCACACUCUGUAGACUUUUGACCACUUAAAAUACCAGGUGGCCCAGUGAUAGAAAACUGCUCCCUACCCCUGAGUUAUGAAAACAUGUUUGUAAUUUUUAGGUAGCCUAGACCAAUACCCAAGUACCACAGACCCACACUGUAUUACAGGGUGAUGUAAUAGCUUGUAAUUCUCCAGAAGAUACACUUCAGACCCUUAAUAUCAUUCAAAGAUAGUUUUUGCGGUUUAAUAUUGUAAGUGGAUUUUAAUGCAGUCAUUACCUUCAAAACAUUGAACACUUCUUUAGGCUUUUUUCUAAUGGCCUGGAUCGGGAAAGAUCCACAGUGAGUCAUAUACACUUUUGUCUCCAGCAUCCUUGAAUAUUUUUAACACUGUAUAAUCCGUGAACAGCACAAAACUUUUAUUCCAAUGACUAGUUACACAAUUCCUGUUUUUAUUUUGUCCUGUUGUGCUCAUCUUCUAUGAAAAAUAAAUGAUUAUUAGGCCUUGCUUUCCCUGCAAGUUCAUUAAAUGUAGAAUGUUGUCUUUUUAAGAUCCUGUGGCUGAGUGCUCCUAAGCCAUCUGUUAAAUGACUUCCCGUUGUCUGUGUGUGUGUUCAUGUGUGCGCCAGGGAUGGGCUUCUCCUCAGACCCACGACUGUCUGCAGCGUCUCAGCCGUCAGAAUGAAAACAUUAUCAAUCAGUACCCAACAACAGCUGUUUUUGACAAGUUUCUGUCUGACGCCUAAUGCUUUACAACUGUCAAGAAGGCUCCUUCUUUGUCUAGCAGGUCGGAGCUCGCCGUCUUGCUGCUUCCAUGCACCAUCCUGUCCUUGUAACCCUAGAAUUUGCCAUGUUUUGGAAAUCCACAUGGGGGAGGGGUGGGGCCUGGAUGGGUGGGGGUGGGGAGGUGGGUGGGCGGGGGUGGGGGUGUAUGUCAUCUUCCUACUUUCAUGUAAAGUGCCACAGGUGUCUUAGUUUGCAUAUUCAAAUAUUAUAUAGGAAAAACAGUCUGUUAUGUAUUUCUUCACUUAGCUUCUUGUUAUAUUUAUGGACGUUACCAGUUUUUGUACCUUCUUAGCUAAAGCAGUUGCCUUUUUGUAAUGGCAAUUAAUUUAUAUGAUAAAACUUUGUAUCUACUGUAGUUUACAGUAUUGGUUGCUAAUUAACUGCCAUAUUGCCCUGUCUUUCUAUUUAAAAAUACUGCAUCUAUACUUAGAGUUUAACAGAGUCAUGUGGACAUUUGCCAGGCAAGGAGAACUCAUGUUGUCCAUGAUUGAGAAAUGAUUUCCACUAUCUUCAAAUGAAAAUAAACGCUGAGUAGAA